AUGGGUGGUUGUGCUGCACCAAAUUGUUCGAAUCAGUCUAAAAAUAACUUUAGGAUGUUUCGUUUCCCUAGAAAUGAAGAAAGACGAAGAAAAUGGAUAGUUAAUUCUCGUCGAGAUCAAUGGAUCCCGGGCCCAGGAGCGUAUCUUUGUGAGGUACAUUUUGAAGAAAAUCAAUUUGAAUGCUCUAGGCAAGAUGGGCGUAAAAAACUCAAGCCCAAUGCUGUGCCAACUCUUUUCAAUGUGCCUAAUCCCCCACAACUGUUGACCCCACAGCGUCUAAAAGGCAUUGGUUUACCAAAGCACCGUUCAGUUACAUCCAAUUUUUGUAAUGGUGGCUUGCUGCACGGUUUACCUUUAUCAACUGAAGCGAUUUCUGUUGCUGAACCAUCUGUUGUUCAUUUGCCACAACCUUCAGCUUCAUAUUUUGGAGAAAUAAAUUUUGCUGCCGAAGUAUCUGAUGUUUGUUUGCAAGAACAAGCUUCAACUUCAUCUUGUGAUAAAAUGAUAAAAUGCCAUCUAUUUGUGAAGGAUCUCAUCACUGAAAUUCAACUUCAUGACCUUCAAGUACAGCAUGAGGAAUUGCUGAAAGGAGUGAAAACAUUUCUUUCAGAUGAACAAAUAGCAAUGUUGAAAAUUCCUCGUAGAAGCAUUGCAAAAUGGUCUAACGAGGGAAUAAUAAAAGGCCUCAAAGUUAGAUUUGAUUUGCCUUGGGCAAGCAUGGUUAUAAUUACUUGCACAGAAUAG